GGACGACGUGGCAUCGGGGGGAAUGAACCAAAUACAAACACACCACCCCUGAAAGUGAAACCACGAAAUCAAAAAGAGGCGGGUUUAUCCCGAGCAACUACGCUAAUGGGGAGUUCCAAGGAGGAUUCGGCCAACGGUGCCGACAAUUCCGCAGCCAAUCGCCGUCGCGCUGAUUCUAAUUCCAAGCUCUUCUCCGAUGGCGAGAAAGUUCUCGCCUAUCAUGGCCCUCGUAUCUACGAAGCCAAGGUUCAAAAAUCUGAGAUUCGGAAGAAUGAGUGGAAAUAUUUCGUUCAUUACCUUGGUUGGAGUAAAACUUGGGAUGAAUGGGUAGGCGUUGAUCGCCUUAUGAAAAACACCGAAGAAAACAUCCUUAAACAACAAGCCCUUGACAAAAAACAGGGCGUUGACCGAAAUUCAAAGUCAGGAAAGUCAACCCAAACUAAGCCAAAAGUAUCAAGUGGGGCAAAAGGGAAGAAACGAAAAAACGAUUCAAGCACUGAGAAGGAGAAUGCAACUGAUGAAAAACUUAUAAACAUUCAAAUUCCAUCAGCUUUAAAGAAACAACUUGUGGAUGAUUGGGAAUUUGUGAAUGAGCAGGAUAAGCUUGUUGAACUUCCGCGUUCUCCAAAUAUCGAUGAUAUAUUUGAAAAAUACCUUGAAUACAGAUCAAAGAAAGAUGGAAUGAUGACAGAUUCAGUUGGGGAGAUUUUAAAGGGAUUAAGGUGUUACUUUGACAGAGCUUUGCCUAUUAUUCUUUUAUAUAAUAAAGAACGCCACCAGUAUCAUGAAGCUGUUUCAGAUGAUGUUUCUCCUUCAACCGUAUAUGGUGCUGAACAUCUACUCCGCCUCUUCGUUAAAUUGCCCGAUCUAUUGCCAUACGUGAAUAUAGAAGAGGAUCUUGUUUCGCGCUUGCACCAAAAAUUUGUCGACUUUCUCAAGUUUUUACAAAAGAACCAAAACUCUUUCUUCGUAUCUUCAUAUGAUGGCGCAAAAGUUUCUGAUUAAAUUGUACAUCUAUCAGGAGAUCAGCGAAACCCAAACCCCAACCCUGGUUAUUAUUUAACUUAACCAUGUGUUGUAGAAUUAGUAUUUAAUUAUUGGGUUUUUUCUUUUGUGUACUGAAUUUUUUAAUGAUGAUCACAUGAGUCUUGCAUUGUUACCUUACCAUGUGAGUGAAUUAGGUGUAUAAUAAUAGUCAAGAUAGUUUUAGGUCAACUCAACUCCAUGAGUUGGUUAAUUGGUGGAAGGAAGAAUCACAAGGUGUUAGAUGACGGAAGUGACCCUUCGCACUUUGCUUUAGUUUUGGCCUAACUAUGUAUCUUUUUUGCCAAAGUGGUCAAUGGUCAAAGAAAAAAGAUACCUUUUUUCCUUUACUUUUGAAGGGUCACAUUUGUUAAAAAGAGGAUGAAGUGUAUAUUUAAAUUGGU